UUAAGAAGCACUAACCCAUCUCAAGAUGCCUGCUACAGCUAAUCAACCAUAACAACACAAAAAUGCACAAGUCAUGUCAYCUGCACAUUAUUGUGGUACAUGUACCAGAGAUUUACUAGUUCUGAUCUCGCGAUACUUCACGAGAUCUUAGCAUUUAUGGUUUCGGCUACGACUUCCUCGGUGGCACUCAAAUGUGAAGGCGGCGGGCGAUAAGCACUUCACUGAACGCUGCGCCUUUAGCUGCRGUGAGCCUCAGAGAGGAGGAAUGAGACUCUCCUGAGAUUUGGGAAGUGAGAAGAUGGAGAGAGGAGGAGAUAUGCGAGGAGAGAGGGAGAAGCUGUCAAAGAGGAGCGACAGAAGCAGAGGACGAAGUGAUGAAACAUUAGAGGUUAUAUUUUAUAUUUGCUGGAGAUCAAAGCGCCUCCACAGUCUGAGCAGUGAUGCAGCAGAUCUGGCUCUCCCUCCUGUCCGGCCUCAGCCUCCAUCUGGUUUGUUUCUGCGGGGCCGAGGAGGGUCUGGAGUUCCCCAACUUCGAUGGGAAGGACAGGGUGCUGGACAUCAACGAGCGCAACUACAAGAAGGCCCUGAGGAGGUACGACCUGCUGUGCCUGUUCUACCAUGAACCUGUCCCGGCCAGUAAGGGCCUCCAGAAGCAGUUCCAGAUGACUGAGCUGGUGCUGGAGCUCACAGCUCAAGUCCUGGAGAACAAAGACAUUGGUUUUGGGAUGGUGGACGCUCAAAAAGAUGCUAAAGUCGCCAAAAAAUUAGGUCUGGAGGAGGUGGGCAGUUUGUACGUCUUCAAGGAUGACCGGAUCAUUGAGUUUGAUGGGGAGCUGUCGGCAGACACGCUGGUGGAAUUUCUCCUGGACGUGCUGGAGGACCCAGUGGAAAUCAUCAGUAACGCCAUGGAGCUGCGAGCUUUCGAGCGAAUGGAAGAAGACAUCCGACUGAUCGGUUACUUCAAAGGAGAGGACUCAUACUUUAAAGCGUUUCAGGAGGCCUCUGAGAGAUUUCAACCUUACAUCAAAUUCUUUGCUACCUUCGAUAAAUCUGUAGCCAAACAUCUGUCCCUGAAGAUGAAUGAAGUGAACUUUUAUGAGCCGUUCAUGGAGGAGCCAGCCAUCUUGCCUGGAAGACCUCUGUCAGAGAUGGAUAUUGUUGAAUAUGUCAACCAACACAGGAGGGCCACUUUGAGGAAGCUCCGGGCUGAGAACAUGUUUGAGAUUUGGGAGGAUGAUACAGAUGGGAUACAUAUUGUUGCCUUUGCUGAGGAAGAAGAUCCAGAUGGCUACGAGUUCCUGGAGAUCCUGAAGGACGUGGCCAGAGACAACACCAACAACCCUGAGCUCAGCAUCGUCUGGAUCGACCCCGAUGACUUCCCCCUGCUGACCACGUACUGGGAGAAAACCUUCAAACUGGACCUGUUUAGACCACAGAUUGGUGUGGUCAACGUCACAGAUGCCGACAGUGUUUGGUUGGACAUGUCAAACGACGAGGACCUGCCCACAGCAGAGGAGCUGGAGGACUGGAUUGAGGACGUCUUGUCGGGGAGGAUAAACACUGAAGAUGACGACGAGUUUGUGGACGACUUUGAAAAUGACCACUACAUUGUGGAAGASGAGGGUGAAAGUCCUGACCAGGAUGAAGAAGAUGAUGACAAUGAUUAAAGCUACAGAACUGCUUUAGGCGAGUUAUGAUGAAAUCAUCAACAAUUUCACACAUUUUCUCCUAAUUAUUUUUUAAAAAGUGAACUGAAAUAUYAACCAAUUCAAAAUUUUAGACAAAAAGUAAAAAUAGCUUUAAAAGAUAAAAGCAACAGAUGUAGUGUACCAGMAACGGUUGUGGCCUCAUUUAACAAGUUCAUUCAGCGCCUGAAGCUGUAAUUUUACAGAUAAUGACUUCCUUUAAUAGAUUAAUUUUUUUUAGAAACAACCUAAAUAUAAAAGCUGCUCAUCAGAAAACCAAAACUGGAUGUUCAGAGCGAAAUGCUGAAACAUUUUAUUGUGUAGAGGAAAAAAACUGUUUGGUCACCUUUAGUAUUAUCCUUCAUAGUGUUUAGUUAAACCAGUUUUAAUAGUGUUUUGAAGGAAAAUGUGAUGUAAAUGGAAAAUAAAUGAUAAAUGUUCACGCUU